AUGUUUCUAGACUCUCCUACUGGAGUUUGACGUUACAAGGUGCGGCAGGUCCUUGAAAUUUUAAGUAAAGUGUCUCAAAAAAACAUGUCCUACUCAAAAUACCAAGACGAUCAAGAAGCCGCAAGGUGCGGCACUUUUCACGACUAUCACGACGAUUGCAAUUGCGGCGGCUACAAACACGUAGAUCGUGACGAAUGUUUCAACUGUUCCGGCGGCUCUCCCAAUACGUUUUAUUGCCCGGAAUGCAAUUCCCAACAAAGGGGAAGAGACUAUGAUGGGCGAUGCUAUCAGUGCCUGAAAAGGGCCAACAGUCAAACCACUGCUGCUGGACAGUACACGCCCGAAAAAAAAUAUUAUUCUUCUCAGCAAUCACAAUAUUCUCCGUAUCCUUAUCAGCAAUAUUCUCCUGAUUAUAAGGGACAGUCAUCUCAAAAUUGGAAUAAUGGAGGAACUCAUUUUUCCAAUUACCAUGACCAAUGUCAGUGUGGACGUAGGAAAGUGAGGGACAGAGAAGUGUGCUCAUCAUGCUCUGGAGGAAAUGCCACUCAAUUCUAUUGUCCGGGUUGUCAAAGCACCAAAAAAGGUUGGAAGUACGACGGAGUUUGCUAUGACUGUCAAUUUCGUCAAUAGAAGGCCAAACUCCUACGAUUGGCUCAUCAAAAAUUUAUACUUGUUAAAAAUACUAUAGUUUUUAUAAUAUGUAUUAUUAUUAUUACAUAUUCACUAGAUAUAUGUAUUAUUAUAUCCUAUUCUAAGUUGUAAGUUGAAAAGCAUGUAUUCUUUUUUAUAUAUUUUAUAUUUUUCUAUUCUUACAUAUUAUAAAAUUUAUAAUAUAUACCCAAAGAAAAAUAAUUAAAUAAAUAAAUUGGUAUGUAUUUACAUGCAA